AUGGCAUCCAAUCAAGAACCGCAUGUCAUCUACCAACAGACCUAUCCAGCAGCCAACUAUCAAGGAGCGCCAGUGAAUCAGGUGUGGAAUCAGCCGCCAACUCAAGCGGUGGCAUUCAUCCCAUACCACCCCGACGUAAACUAUGGCGAUAAACCAUACGGAGCUUAUGCGCCAGUAGCUUAUCAACCGACACCGGAUAACGGACAACAUUUCCAAGCGCCGCAAUUUGUUCAGACUCAAGCUCCAUGGCAGUACCAACAACAAGGACAAUCGCAGUUCAUUCCAUCAUAUGCUAAUACGUUCAACGUCGCAAAUGACCCGCAAUAUCAAACCGCACCACUUCCGACAAUGAGUCAGCCACCGCCAGGAAUGCCUCGCGAGGAAUACCCUGGUUCGGUCGGGGUAAUCGAUAGUUCGGUGCAUAGUGCAGCUGCCUACACAGCAAAGUGGGUGAGCUCAACAUCUAGUAUUCCACCGGAUAUGCGCGAGGAGCCUGAGAGCGAUAUCAAUUUGGCGCAAUGGGAGCAGGGGCAGUGGCCAGGAUUGAACGAGGAGAAUAAGAAGGAUGAAAAGAGCACAAAGAAAAGUGGCUCGAAAAAUCGUGACGAGCAAAAGAGGGAGCUCACAUUUGAUGAGCGCCUUGAAAAGGCCAAAAUGCAGAAGGACCGGGUUGAAAAUCAAGGAAACGAUUCAAACAGUGUGUCAGAGUCGACUCCAGGAGCCACUUCACCUACGGGUACUCCAACGACUGCAGCAGCGCGCGGCACUAGCGGACCACAACGUGGUGGACGCGGAUAUAGUCGCGGUGGACAUAACGGACCGAAUAAUAGACGCGACGAUUUCGUUCCAGAGAACCGUCACGAAGGCGGUCAAUCGAACUAUCAUGGUAGAGGAAUGAGACGUGGGCACGGUGGUCCGCAUAAUAUGGGAGGAAUGAUUCAUCAAAAUGCUCCGGCUCAAUUUCAGCAGGCGCCUGUUUUUGUUCCACAGAAUCAAUAUCCAUACCAGCCAGCGCAGCCAAAUAUGUACGAUGCCCAAUUGAUGGCUACUAUGAAUGCAUUCCAAAACACUCACAUCACGCCAUACAAUCCACUUCGACAGUUCCCGAUUAUCCCAGGAUACAACUUCAUGCGCUCUCCAAUUCAACAAGACGAUAAAUUCAGAAACACCUGGCUCGAUUUUGGAUUCCCACGCGGUCGCGGCGGCUUUCGUGGCCGCGGACGUGGAGGACCAUGGAACUUCCGCGGAAGCGGCCGUCGUUUCGAGAGACGGGUCGAUGACAGACGGGACGAGAAACGCGACGAACCGGGCCAGGGCGUUGCGCUUGAGGAAAGCUCCAAAGAAGAAAAGCCCGCGCCGGCUGCUGCCGCCUCUUCUUCGGCUGUUGCUGCAUCGGCUCCGAUGGCUGCCGCCCUCACCGUUGACGAAACUGCCGCUGUUGCUGCUCCUGCUGCUGCUGCCGCUGUUAUCGCCGCCAGCGUUACUACGGAAGACAUGAAGCCAAAGGCCGAAGCAGAAAACGACUGCGCUGCUGCCGAGAACGAAGAGAGCGAGUCAUCAUUGGCGCCAAUUGAGACUUCCGAGGAAGAUGCUGAAGAGAGUGAGGAAAAUGAGGAGAAAGAAAAAUCUGAGGAAUCCAAGGUUCUCGAAAAAGAGGAGGAAUUGGAGAAAAAAUCUUCCUAA